AUGGCCGUCUUCGAGGGAUCGGAGAAGCGCCUGGAGGUGGAGUUCUGGCAUGGCGCCGCCACCCCAGCCGACGGCCUCCGGUCGCUGUCCAGGGCCCACCUGGACGAAUUGCUGGACCUGGCCGCCUGCAAGAUCAUCUCGGGGCGGUCGUGCCCCGCCCUGGACGCCUACGUGCUGUCCGAAAGCAGCCUGUUCGUUUAUCCCUCGCUGUGGGUGCUGAAGACAUGCGGCACCACGGGGCUGCUGCGGUCGGUGGGGCGGCUGCUGGAGAUGACGGGCCGCCUGGGGAUGCGGCCGAGGAGGGUGCGCUACUCCAGGGCGAGCUUCCUGUACCCUAAGGACCAGCCUCCCCCGCACAGCAGCUUUGCAGAGGAAUCUGCUGUUCUCCAGAAGCACUUUGGCUGCCUUGGGGACGGCGGCAGCGCCUACGUCCUGGGGGACUACUGCAGGGGGAUGCAGUGGCAUGUUUUCGCUGCUGAAGAUCCUGGUUCCAGGCUGAAGGGUGGUGCGGCCAUCGGCACCACCAUCGAGCUGUGUCUCACCGGGCUUGACAGACGUGCCGCCGCCAAGUUCUUCAGGGACGACGCUUUUGUCAGCCCCUCGUGGACCACAAAGAGCACCGGUAUCGCAGAUCUGCUGAAUGGAUCCGAGAUCGACGACUACGUCUUCGAGCCUUGCGGGUACUCGAUGAACGGCCUGAAGGGCUCGGGCUUCAUCACUGUGCACGUCACCCCGGAAGAGGCCUGCAGCUACGCCAGCGUGGAGUUUUCCG